AGACGAUGUCGAGUUCGUGGAAUUCAGCGAUUGAUGUCGGAAAUCGCGCCUGGAUGCCAUCGAGAUACAUGCGGUGUCAGUGUGGUUGUUCUGGUUUUGUACUCCGUCGCUGGCUACGCUCCGGCGAAUAAAAUCCCGAGCUGGCUGCGGAUAUCGCUUGGAAUUGCCAUUCAACCGUGUUUUUUCGACGACCCUACUUCAUGCCUGCCUAGGUUGUGCCAGCUGGAUCAGGUCAAUGUCGCUCCUGCCAGGAUCUGUCUUGACUGAUGUUCGCAUUCUUGGAGGCAUAUAUUGACCUGGAUUAUUCUCCCGGUCGAACCGUUGACCGAAUUUUUCUUUUCAUCGAGAAUUGUUGCGAAUCAGGUUUUGCCCUAUCUUUUGGAAGUCUCGUUCCUGCCCGUCUGUCGAAUUUUACACUGAAGUUAAGCUGCUUUGAUGGAAAAUCAUACUGUGCUCCAACGAACGGAUGUCGUGUUGAGUAUCCGUUACGACGUGAACUGAGCGCGCGUCAGCAGAUCCAGAUACGAUCUUUUUCGGUGAGUUGGUAACUUUUCUU